AUGUUGGCCUCUGAUUCUUCACCAAGAUACCCUCAACAUAUCGAUGCCAUUCCAUAUACGGAUCCUCCAACAAAGCUCCAGACGUUAGAUAUCUGGCUUCCACGACCACAAUCUAAAUCUCCACCAAGUAGCACGAUAUGGAUCAUCUAUAUCCACGGCGGAGCCUGGCGCGACCCUCUCCAAAACUCCGCUACCAUCCACCCCACCAUCCACCACCUCUCUCACUCCACUCAUCCAACCGCUCUCCGCCAUAUCGCAGGCAUAGCAUCUCUGAAUUACCGUCUCUCGCCCUAUCCCCUGCAUCCCACGCAUCCAAGCUCUCCUGACGAUGAAAGCAGGAAUGUCAGGCAUCCCUCGCAUGUACAAGAUGUUGCCUUAGCCCUAAAGUGGCUGCGGAGGGAGUAUGGUAUUGGCGUUGGGGGCGGGGAUGGAGACGGGGACGGGGAAAGGCAAGGGUAUAAAUGGAUUGGUAUCGGACACUCAUGCGGCAGCACGCUUCUGCUGCAACUUUUCUCUCGUAUUGGUGUCUCCCCUCAAGACCUAUAUCUCAGUCGUCCAGCCGCAUUGGUGCUAUUGGCGGGAAUCUACAACAUCCCGCUUCUAGUCCAAAACCAUAGCACUCCUAAGACACCUAAGAACAUUGCGGAAAUAUACAAGGAUAUCGUUACUGGUGCAUUCGGCCCCGAUGUCCGCGUGUGGGAAGGCGCGAGUCCGACGUCGCAUGCACACAGUUUCGGGGAUGAAGGGUGGGGUAAUGGAAGGUUGUUGUUGCUCUGUUGGAGUCCGGAGGAUGGGCUUGUGGAAGGUGAGCAGAUGGAGCGUAUGAGCAGAACUUUGUUGGCAGCUGGAUGGAAGGAUCAGUCAGGUGACAAUUCUAUGCUUGAAAAUCAAAAUGAUAUGGAAGGAGGGGAUAGGAAGAAGAUUUUCGAGUGCCGGAAAUUGGAAGGAGCUCAUGAUGAAGUCUGGCAAGAGGGCGGUCAGAUCGUGCAGUUGAUUGAAGAAGUUGUUGGGAGGAUGCAUGGGUCUGGGGGGCUUGGGACGACUGAAUACUGGCCCUUGAGGUGAGAUUAGGUGUGCAAUGGGAGGGAUAGAGUGAUUUAAGUAGC